AGUAAUGUAAUAACUGAAUGCACUUCCUUACUUAUGUGGAAAUUACCUUAAAAAAAUUAGUAGUAUCAAAUCUCCCUCUGCUCGCGCCAUCGAACUGCAUAAAGCAUAAUUUUAACAUCCCUUAGAGUAAAUGACUUGUAUUAAAUACAUCGUAAUAAUAAUAAUCACUUUGUUCUGUCACUACACUUGCAAGUUUCACAAGGAAGCUCUUCUAUUUGGGCGCAUUGCACCUCGAUAUGUCAAAUUUUCAGUUUUAGCGAUAACAGCAAGCAGAAGCACAUGGUCGAUAUCUUAAGAGGGGAUUUGAAAUGAAACUGUAAGUAACGUUGAGAAGAAAACGGCUCGAAAGCUAUGGUUAAACCUACAACAAUUGCUACAUAUUCCUUCGACUAAUGAGAUAUGAACUGUGCUUACUACAAAUGCAGAAUAACAACGGUACACCAAGUAUUUGAAAGCUAAGUACCAUUCGACGAAAUGAUCUUAACAUAAGAAACAUCAGGGAACGUGGAGAAUAAUUCACAAGCUACCAUUACAGCGGCAAAAUGUAUAAUAUAUUGAUAGCGCUGGCGUAGCAUCUACGCAAUGGAAUUGACCAAUCGUUGGUACCACGUGAAAGUAUGCUAACAUCCCUCUGCUUUGCAUACAGUAUUCAUUACAGUGCUCUCCUCCGUGUAAAUUUUACAUUCAUAUUCGAGUCUAUCCCACGAUCAGAUCGCAUAAGAAUCGUUUGUUUAGUUACUUUGUUCCAAAAGUGAGGAACGCUUCGAGUCUUAGUUGCUUCUUUGCUGUCUCGAGUUGAUCUCGAAAUCCUUAUUGUUUUUAAAUAAUUUGCCGUGACAGUCGUGUCCCAUUAUGAUACGAAAUAUAACUCCAGAGAAGGCGAUAGCUUUUACUCGGUUAAGCGUAUCUCUAAAUGCUUAUUGGCCUCCAUCGCCAACAGCCACGAGGAUCCAAGUGCUUCGUUUCAAAGUCUAUAGAUUUAUAGCGAUGCUUAGCGUCGGGGUGCACCUGUUACCGCUAUCGUACUCGAUCUACGUGAACAUGAACGUUGAUGCAUAUACUGUCACCAAGGUGACUUGCUUCACCUCUGCUAUCGUACACAUCUUCGGGCAGUCAGUUCUGAGCUACAUCCAUUACGAUAGGAUUCAGGCGAUAAUUGCACAGAUGACAGACUUCUGUGCGAAAGCAAAGUCGCAGGAAAGAUCUGUCCUGCAACGUUACGUGGAUAAAUAUUCGACGUUUUACAUGGUGGCUGUAUCCUGGUUUUACAUGACAUCUGCCAUGUUCGUCUUAGGAACUCUGCUCAUAGAUCAGCCCUUUCCAACAGACGCUGCAUAUCCAUUUGACGUCGACUACGAACCGUUGAGGACGACAAUCUUUUUGCACCAAAGUUACGUCUGUUUACAGUGUGCUGCAAUGACGAGCUCCAACGCCUACGUUGCUCUGUUGUUGUUGUUCGCGGCAGCACGACUCGAGAUUUUAAUGCUGGAGCUACGCGAUGUUCAUGACUUCGAAGCGUUGAUUCGAUGCAUCAAAAAGUAUUACAGUGUGAGAAGGUACAGAACAAGAUCAGAAUAAAGAACGAGUGAACAACGUUGUACAAGGUCGAAAUAAAGCACACGACAACUAACAAUUUACUCAAGUUUUUGUGAAAUAUAUUUUCAAAAAAAAAAAAAAAUAUAUAUAUAUAUAUACAUGCCGAAUUGAGCAACCUCCUCCUUUUCAAAGUCGGUUAAAAAGCUACACGAAUCC